AUGGCUCUCCAGGUGCUGGGCAUAACCCUGGCAAUGCUGGGUCUGGCGGGCACCAUCCUGAUCUGCGCGCUGCCCAUGUGGAAGGUCACGGCCUUCAUCGGCACCAACAUCGUGGUGGCGCAGGUCUUCUGGGAGGGCCUGUGGCUCAACUGCGUGUACGAGCGCACGGGUCAGAUGCAGUGCAAGCUCUACGACGCCCUGCUGGACCUGGACCCGGACCUGCAGGCAGCGCGCGGGCUCGUUGUCGUCGCCAUGGCGCUGGCCUGCCUGGGCUUCGUCGUCUUCCUGGUGGGCGCGGAGUGCACCAACUGCCUGAGCCACCCGCGGGCCAAGGCGCGCAUCGUGGUGGCGUCCGGCGUGAUCUUCGUGCUGGCGGGCCUCACCGUGGUGGCGCCCGUGUCCUGGACGGCCCAUUCCAUCAUCCAGGACUUCCACAACCCCAUUGUGCACGAGGCGCUGAAGCGCGAGAUGGGGGCGGCCAUCUACGUAGGCUGGGUGACCGCAGGUCUCCUGGUGGUUGGGGGAGGGGUGCUCUGCACCAGCUGCCCGCGCGAGAGCCCAAGCUACGCCACCCGCUACACCCAAGCCAGGCCAGGCACCCACUGUAGCUACGCCAUCAAGAACUACGUGUGACUCGGACUCUGCAGCACAAAUUGAAUCGUAACAAUCUGCUCAACUCAGUUAGUGGUCCAGUUGUAGGGUAAUGGUUCUUCAAGGGAUGCUCAGACAGCAGAUUAGACUUACUCAUAUGGCAGACUUGAUGCAGGUUUUACUCAACGGGAUCUACAUAAAAGUGACAUGACACUGUCAUUAACACGACACUGUCAUGAUACAUGAACCCUA